CCCAGUUGCCACCUGGUGCGUGGGGAACCGCUGACUCACCUCCCACCAACGCGGCACGGUGUGCGACGGACCGCGCCGUGUGGGGCCAUGGCCAUGUGGGUGGAGGCGCUGUUUGGCGGGGUGGGAGCCAUCUGCUUUGCUCUCAUGAUGGUGCCGCAGGUGGUGCUGAACACGAAGCGGCGCUGCACGGAGGGCCUGAGCUGGGGCCUGGUCUUGCCCUGGCACAUCGCAGGAGUCAUGUUCGUUGGGGUCACGUUGGCUCACGAGAACCCUUCCUGGUUUGCGGCGCUCAGCAUGUUCUCCCAAGUCUUCUUCUGCGGCAUCUGCGAGGUGCAGAUGUUCUUCUUCCGGCGGGUGGAGAAGGGCUGGCGCCGUCGGACCUUGAUGAGUGCGUGGUAUGUGGCCCUCACCGCCAUGUCCUGCUUGGCCUGCGCCGGGUGCUACUACUUCUUCAAGGCAUCGUCUGAGGAGGUGGAUUUCAUCCUGGGGGAGCUGGUGCCCAGCGUUUUAAUCGCACUCGGCUUUAUCCCCGAGUUCUACGAGUUCAUUAGUAGCAUGUCCAUCGAGGGCUACUCCUUCGGCGUGACCUUCUUCGACGUGGUGGGCUCGGCGGGCAACGCGGCGACCUACCUCAUGCGGGAACUGGCGAUCCAGGGAGAUGGCCGGCUUGCCGGACCGGGGUUUCCUCACCAGGACGAGGCAUUGGUCAAUAAGUUGGCGGAGGCGGCGCCCUUCCUGACCAUCAUCGCUAUGCACAUUGUGCUGCUAAUGCUGGCAGCCUGGGUGGUGUGCAACCAGCCCUCGUCCUGUUCCGUGGAGGCGGAGGUGGACAACUCCACAGACCCCAGCGAGGACGAGAAUCUGGACGGCUCGCCAGUCAUGUGUAGCAUCUGAGCGUCGCGUCCAAGCUUUCUCGUGUGUUUCUCCAACUGUAAAGACAUUCAGCUGGAAUCCCAGUUGUAGUGGAUUCCAACUGUUAAAUUAUUUAUUCUGCAUCCGCGUGGCCAGGCCUGAAGCGGCCUGAAGCAGACACCAAGUCAAUUUGCAAGACAAGACUGCAAAGCGCUCUGUAUAUGCAUCCCGAGGUACCUGCACCCGAAAAACCUCCGCGUGUC